AUCUUUCCGACGAUCUGAACCAGAAUUAGACGACCUAUACGUCACUGGCCAUGUGACCGGAGACCCGGAAGCAGUGUGGAGUACAGAUGGUGAGGAUUGUUAUGCUUCUCAGGAAUAGGAUCUCUGUGUUGUGGAAGGUCAGACAGAAAUAAUAGAGAGUGGAGACCCCGAGGACUGACAUCUGAGAACGAGGCAACUAAAGAGUCCUCCAUGAAAUAACGCAUUGUCCAUGUAUUGAUAAUUUUUUGCGACCUCAUGUGCAUCAUCUUCUUCAAAUUUGAUCCACGCCCCGUCUCCAAGAAUGCAUAUAGACUCAUCUUAGCUGCCAACCGAGAUGAAUUCUAUCACAGACCUGCCAAGCUAGCUGAUUUCUGGGGAACCAAUAAUGAAAUCCUUAGUGGAUUGGACAUGGAGACUGGGAAGGAAGGAGGAACUUGGCUGGGGAUCACAAAAAGAGGAAAGUUUGCAGCACUUACAAACUAUUUGCAACCCAAGAUAGAUGUGAAUGCCAAGGGCAGAGGUCACCUGGUGUCUAACUUUUUGAACUCUGAUCUGGACAGCUUUUCUUACAUUAAGAAGAUAUCUGAAGAGGGACAUAUUUACAAUGCUUUUAACCUGGUUGCAGCAGACUUUAACAACACAAAGGAAGAUGUAAUUUACUAUUAUGGAUCCAGAGGAGAAAAGCAACCUGUCAAAUUAAAUCCAGGCUUGUACGGCUUGAGCUGCAGCCUGUUGGAUACCCCAUGGAAGAAACUCCAACAUGGGAAGAGACUUUUUGCUGACAUCAUCAGAAGGAGCCAUGACAUUGCCAAAGAAGACCUGGUGCAGGAGCUCAUUAAAGUGAUGAAUAAUGAAGAGCCGCAGAUCCCAGACCCAGCUAUAGAAGAGCAAGGAAAAGAUUUUGUCCGCCCAAUCCUUACAAGCUACUGUGCAGUCUCUGUACGCUGUCCAGGCUAUGGAACAAGGACCAACACCAUAGUGCUCGUGGACAAUGAAGGACAUGUGACCUUCACAGAGCGCACAAUGAUGAACUGUGACAUCACUCAGUGGAAAACAAGCACCUACCAGUUUAAGCUACAGCAAUAGCACCUCCUCAGUACCAUGACCCUGUUGUUAACCAAGGAUAAAUAUACAUAUCAAAUUCAUUCAACUUAUGGUGCCUAGAAUAUUGUGUUAGCAGGUGUAGGUUUUUGAAACUCAACCAGCACAACAGUUGAAACCCCCCCCCAAAAAAAAAAAAAAGCCAGCAGCGCAACUGAAAGCACAAGCCUUGUGGUCGAUAAUCAUCUACUUUGUCUAUUUACACUGUGUACAGCUAGCUUCAUGCUCACUAUAGCAAGCAAUGAUACACCAAGUACUUAAAACACAAAACCUCAUGUUUCAAACCUCCAAAAAAAUAAAAUGAACGCUUUAUAUUUUAUAAAUGCAAUCGGCAGCAGGCAGCAAUUCACAAAAACUGAGCAGUAAUUAUAUUUAAUAAAUAAGAUAAUGAAAGUGAUCUAUGAUUUCUUUUUAUGAGUAGUGUAGCCCCCAUACAGGUCUGAGGAGAAUGGGGUAGCAUAAGCAGCACAGGUCAGUGCUCCAUAGCAUUCCAGCGGACACAAGGAAUACUUUGGAGAUUUCAUUGUUGGAAGUGCAUCAGAGUUUUCCUAUGAUGUGUGCAUGACAACCAUGUUCACCAUAGAUAUGAAUGGGCGCAGUUCUGCUUGUGCUGUAGCAUGUUUGAUUUUGUACAAAUCAUACAACUGUGUCAUGCAUUGAGCAGGGAAGUUUUUCCUCUUUUAGAAAAAUCUUAAAAAUUAGCACAAGGAAUGGUACUUGCGUUCGAAGCAAAGUGUCUCUUGUGCUGCUGGCUGCUCUCUUAGUUGAAAUCCAAAGACCUCUUUGCCAUGUUCUGUGUAGUGUACCCCCUGCGUGGGUGAUCAGUUGUUAUGUUUUGCUUACCACAAUAAAUACCAUUGUAGCAGAAAAGACCCCUACUACAAGCCCCCCAACCCCUAGUGCCCAGAAAGCUGUAAUUUUUAAUACGAUUGGUUGGACCUGUCAUAGGCACUUGUCAUGAGUGCUGACUAUGUCCACCAUUUCUGCCCUCCUCCUCUAUUACUAAAAGUUUUAUUAUAGCUUCUAUCUAUUAAAGGCGCUCUAUGAAUAGAGGAGAUGAAUGAAUAGUCUGUCUCCUAGAUGGGCGUCUUUGACAGGUUCAGCCAAUCGUAUUAACCCCUGCAGCACUGGAAAAUUUGAAGAAUUUUAGAACUAAGAAACCUACAGCAGCACAAAGGACACUUCGCACUGAAUGUAAGUACUGUCUCUUGUGCUGAUUUUUAAUUUAACUAAAUUUAGGUUUUAAUAUUUUUAUGAUUUUGGUUUGCUAGCUGCUCAUACCUACAGUCUUCUGUAAGCUGAUAUCUGAUUAACACAAUGUGGCUAAUGGUAGUACAAUUUAAUAAGAUAGCACAAAGAGUUCAGAAUGAUUGUUUACAUUUAUCUUUUGUCAGAAGAUAUGCACACACAGAACUGUCCUGGUUACCUUGCCUUCAGCCUCAUAUUGGCAAUACAUUAGACAUAAUUACAUUACUGUGGGUUUUUGUAUUAUUCCGGCUGUCCAGUGCUAGUAAACGAAGGGCAUGUUCCUUGUAAGUAAAGGACAGCAGGGUGCAUGUCUUAGUAUUGUACCAUGAGAGAAAUAUCAAUUGUAAAAUGAUAAAAGACUGAAUUUGUGUUUUAGAGGCUUAAAUACCUUUUAAGUAUUAUUGUGUUGUGUAGUUAAAAAGGAUCUCUCAUCUGCCUUUGCUCCCACUUACAGAACUCCCUUUUCCUUGUGUAUAUUGCACACUUUUUAUUCUAUUACGGCAUGAUGUUAUAAAUAUUAAAUCCGCAUCUGCAUUCGUAGAAUUCACCUACAGCUAAAAUCUGGAAAUGCAUCUCUUAAGAUUGGAAAAACUCAGCAGCUUUGGGAAGGAGGCCACUUUUAAUGCAUGGAGGGGUUAGAGGAAGAUGGAGCAAUUCCACAGAACGUGGCAAUCGCCUCUAUGCAGUGUCAAAGAAGAGCUUUUAAUUUUAGUGCUUUUUUUAAAUGGAGUCAAUUUCUGUAAUUAAUAAUGCUCUGAUCAGGCAGUGCCGCAUAGGAGUUAUUGAAGAUCUCAGGCACAAAAAAACAUCAUGUAACCCUAACCAUAACCACAAGAACCUAUAUGAAGUCAGGUUACACAAAAAAACAGUAUCGAGGGGAAAUCGCAUGAGAGCUUUCAUGUACACAGUUUUUGAAAAUGAAUGUAAAAAUUCAUCACAGAGCAAAUGGUGACGAAAUAGGAAUUCAUAGCAAGAGGAAUACAAUAAUGCAUGUUUAUGUGCACUACGUCAUGUGUUUUUACAUGUCCUAGAGAUUUUCUUUUUAUAGUGCAGGUGCCAUAAAAAAUUAUUUUAUAAGCAUUUUUUGCCUUUUCCAUUAAUUGCAAAGGCCCUGCAUCCCAUGUAUUACCUCAUAAAUAAACAGUAGCUCAAUAGAAAUUUUUAAACCACUGCUGGUUUGCAGCUUAAUGAAAUGGACAAAUUGCAUUUUGCUUUACUACAGAAGUCUAAAUCUGAAAGGAUGCCAAGUUUGAAAAGCUCUCUUGUGACCAUUGCCUUAUGCCCAGUGGCAGCAAGAAUGAAUUUAUGAUUUUGUAUACUACAUUUCAUGGUAUUGCUAAUGGCUGGAUGAUCUGGUAUCUUCUACCAAACAAUGAUCAAAGUGUACCUGUCUCCUACAUCCAGUUGAAGUGUCUGUUUUGUGGGCAAAAUGAAUGUUCAUGAAAUUUGUUAUCGGAGCAACAUUGUCAGGUCACCAGUUCAUAAGGGAUUAUUAAACGUAAUAUUAAGUGAGCUCACAAAAUUGCUUAACUCCCCAGCCUCUCCCCGUAAGAGACAGGUACACAUUAAAUGCACUCCUUUUUUUUUUUUAGAAAUAUUUAUUUCAAAGUUGCUUAUACAGUUAUUUUAAAUUUACAGUUAUGUGUUCAGCAAUUAAGAAUGUGUUAAUCAUACUUGAUAUGGCACUAAAAUAAUGUAAACCGUGCAAAUUAUUGUUUUGGGCAUUUUAGAUAAACCAUUUUUUCAUAUUUACUGUGUUGCCACAUAGGCCAUCAGCUUGUAAAUUUACCAGUUUUUAUACCUUAGACUUUCCUUUGCUCCACCUUAAGCCAAAUGUUACCUGCUUUACUGUGAUAUUUAUGAGGUGUUGAAUUUAAUUGCAGAAUGUACUUAACUCCAACUCAAGAAAAUGUGCUCAUUCAUA